AUGUUAUCUGUGGAACCCUAUUUCACAUCAGCCGGUGUCGGGAGUCGACCCAUUGAUAUUGUCGAUGAAGUUAUUUGGACAACCGUAGAUGAGGCAUGGAAUAACAUCCAAAAGAAUUCAAAAGUUUUUCAACCACAUGCAGCUUCUGAAACUGAUCUAUCUGAUUCUGUGAAAACCCUGCCAUUCCCAGGAAAAGCCCACUAUUUGUUGAUCACUUCUUCAAGAAAACUGAUCUUUCUGCAGAGUGUGGAGGCGAGUGACGGCUCCCGUGACUUCCAUGUACUCGGUGGAAAGCUUUUGGCAGGACGUUCCGUGUGUUCCAUAGUUUUCCAGGAUGCACAGACGCAGGAAACUUGGGUUGAAGUUUAUCGAUUACCUAUUGAUGGUUGGGUAAAAGAAAUUGAAACAAAAAUGGAACAAGAAAAGGAUGAGGAGGACCUAGGGCACAACAUGCCAGGAGCUGAUGAAGCAAAACAAUCUCAUUUAAGUCAAGCAACCUUGGUUUGCAAAAUCGGACCACCAUCCCGGCUAACAGGUAGUACAAUAAAAUCCCUGCCAGCUACCUUAACCCAGAUGGCGGAAAAGCCUAUGAGACGAACGCUUAUUCCAACCAAUACCUUUGCAGCCGGAUCUCAUCUAUUUUCCGAGCCGAUGCUAGAAAGUCGCCGCAGAGAGUUCGUUCAGACGCGGGGUUAUCCUGACUGUUUGUUACACCAGACGAAACAGCAUAUUGCUCAGAUGGAAUCUGACCAACCAGAAAUUGCUACAAAGUAUCAACCAGUUGAAGACAAGAAUGAACAGGCACACGAGUCCCAGCAUAACUCCCACGGAUCGGUGGCUACAGUGGUCAGCCAUUCCAAGUGGAGAGAGGGGAACAGUGAAUUUUCAGAAACCAACGCAAAGAAAGACUACAUUAAGGAACUAUUGGACGAUGCUUGUUCCAGGAAGAUGUUGGGCUAUCCGCGAUAUGAAUUCCUGAUGGAAGUGAAUAGGACCGAAGAUCACAAGAAACAAGGCACAAAAUCAGUAUCAAAUACACCUGGCAUUCGUGGCCUCUGUGCCUAUUGGUCAAACAGCACUUGUUUGUCAUUCUACGCAUUCAACAAACUGGGAAAAAGUGCAGAGGCCACCGUGGAAGAGUGCAGAAUCUUUAGCGCACCCAUUGCCAGUCUUCAAGUAUCCACCCCACAAUCCCCUCGCUGUUGCUCAGAAGACCUUUUGGAGAAGACAAAGGCUCAUACUCCAAACUACUACUUAAUGAUUGGUUUGAUCAACGGCAACAUAAUUGUGCGUGAUUUGCAAACAGGUUCCUAUAUUCUGACGACCAACGCUUGGAGUGGACCAAUAACCCAGUUGGGUAGCUACUGCAAUGUGAUGUACGCCCUGGUUCUCAGACAGUCUCGAGACAUGGGACGUUUAGCUGAUGUGAUAACGGUAUGCCGGAAGUCAUGGAACAGCGUUUCCACUGCUCCGUUAGCACCAGAGGAAGAAUUCCAAGCAGUCAGUCUCUUGGAGCUUCACGGGUCACUAAAGGAGUUGCCUAGUGUUUCGAUUAUGCCGAUAUUUGAGAUAUCGUAUUACAUUUUAUUGACGACCAGUACUACUCAUAAGGUGCCGGAAACCUUUGGACAGCUCAUGAUCGGUUUCAUCCCUACCGUGGCUCUUCAGAUAGACCAAUCAUUGGCAGUA